AGCGCGCUCGCCUGGCGGACUGCCCCGGGCUCCCACAACGUCUCCUCUGAAGCCGGGAGCGGUAUCAUCAAUAAAAAGAUGCCCCCAAACAAUUUAAUUCAAUGUGUGUGUUACCGCAAUAUGUCAAUUUAGCCGCAUAACGCAUUUUAAUGAACACGUGAUUGCGCUGCCUGUAGUGUCUUCCUUUGGAGUGUGAUUGACUUCAGUGCUGGUUGUUUUUGUGAGGUUGAUUCGUAACGUCUUAGCCGAACUUCUGUAAAUAAGGUCUAUUACUAAAGCAAUAAUCUGCAAUUUGGAAAACCCCGUAAUUAUAAACAUAGUUUAGUAAACAUUGUAAAGUUCUUAAAUAAAAAACUAAAACUAGUUCUAGUUUACGCAGUAUCUUCCAUUAUUAAGUUUAAUAUAAUAUAAACUGUGCAAAAUGAUCCCGAACACGAAACUCGAGUUUAACCUCAUUGGAUCAGAGUUGGGCAGUGUCGAGGGAAUAAGUGUUGAGUUUUAAAAUAAAAGAAAUGCCAAUAAAAUGCCGCAGCGUGCUUCGUCAUCGUCCAGCUUAAUGCGCCCGUUUGUGGUGUUGGCUUUGCCCGGAAUGUACCUGCUGUACAAGUACAAUCAGUAUCGUCAACAGCAAAUGGAGACCGCGCGCCGCCGGGUCACCGAGCGUGAGCUUAUGCACCUCAACACUAAAAUUGAUAAAUUGCUCAAUAAAUUGGAAGAAAAUGAGCCUGAACUCGCCACAUCACCUGAAGAAGAAUGCGUAAUAUGUGUAAACGCGAAGGCGACGAUGCAAACAUCGCCGUGCGGCCACCGCGUGGUCUGCCGGCGAUGCUUCGUGAAGACCAUUCAGAUGGCCGUCAGCCAACGGCUACUGCCGCUGCGCUGUGUGAUCUGCCGGGCGAAGAUCCUGCGACUGCGCCAGACACCACGCUUGGUGACCAGCAAAAGUUGGCAGGUGUCAAGUGGAAGUGGAAAGUCAUGGGGGGUGCCGGGAUCAGUGUCGUCGUACUCCGUCGGCGCCCGAUCCGUGCCAGCCUCCGCAUCACUUUACUCUGUCACCAGUGGCGAGUCUUCCCUUUCAGGAGUGUCUUCCGUAUCAUCUAACAGUGGUGGUAACGUAAGCAACACCGGUUGUUCCACGAAGCUGUGUGGAGGCGCGAAAUGUGGUGGAGCGUGUCUAGGUGCAGUGCCUAGGGUCCCAGCCACCUCCGCUACGCCUAGACCGCGGCAACCCGCUUCGAACUCCCUCCGACGGUCACAACAUCAUAGCAUGAAGGCGCGACUACAAGAUUACCAAGUACAUAGCUACACUGGUGGCCUGGCCGGUGAACCUUCGGGCAGACUACCUCCAAUCCGUGAAUUUCAAAGAGAAUUUCGCGAAGGCCGACGCGAAAGCGCCGCUGCCGCUUCAGCGUCAACUAGAAUAAGGUGCGCACAAAAAAUCGUAACGCAAUUAGAAACAUCUCCACAAAAGAACAAACAACAUUUUUUCCGACCAUUAAAACCCCCUGUUAAAGAUGAAACGCCGCCUAAAUCAAGAGAUCAUAGCAAAGAGACUGAUAACAAAAAGGAUAACCCCAAAGCAAAACCCACAAAAGAAGAAAAGAAGAAGAAAGAGCCAGAUGAAAACGUAAAACCGGGUGAUAAAAAUAAAAAAGACGAAACCAAUGAUAAUAAAAAGAACGAAAUUGCUGAAAAGAAGAAAGAAGAGAAACUUAGACUUAAGGCGGAGAAAGAAGCUAAAAAAGAAGCUAAAUUACUGGCUAAGGAAGAAGAAAGACAAGCUAAACUUCUAGCUAAAGAGGAGGAAAGACAGGCAAAGCUAUUAGCGAAAGAAGAAAAAAAGAAAGCCAAAAAAGAGGCGAAGCUAGCGGCGCAAGCUGAAAAAGAAAAAAGUAAAUAAUUAAAUAUAAAUACCCAACCCCGGAUUUAGGAAAGGCGAAACGGGGUAACUUGAUAAUCUUGAAUGACAAGCUCUAGCCCCACCUCGCAAAGAUCCUAAAUCCGAGGCUGGCGAGGCGAGGAUAAAAACUUUACAUAUUAGAAACUUUUAGCCGUCUUUAGAUUUUAGAUUCGGAAAUCGUUAUUAUCGAGGCAAAGAUAAAAUUUUACAAAUAUUGUAAAUUCUUAAAUUAGAUAUUAAAAAAAAAAUUACUGUAACUAUUUAGCAUUAUUUAAUUUCUAUUUUUUUACUCCCUUUGUUAA